CAUGAAAGUUAGCUAAUAAGUAACUGCACUUAUGCAAUAGGUGAAAUAAUAUUUAAAGCAAAUAUAUGUUUGCCCCAGAUUUCAAGAGGACAAAACAAGAACUGGUCUUCAGAAAAGAGCUCUGUUGAAAGGUACGGAUAAAAGCUUUAAAGAUUUGAUACACUUAAAUAUGUUUCAUACAGAUAAUUAUAUUGUAGACAUUCCAUAGAUAGUUCAAUCAAUAUUUGUUAAGAACACGUGAAAACUGUCAAUUUAAUGCUGAAAUAAAAACAAAAUUAUAAGACUUGUGGAAGGGCAGGAGAAAGAUAUAGUUCAGACUGAAAGAUUUAUAGUUAGUUAUUGAUUUAUUUUGUUUAAGAACAAUUUUCUGUACCAGUUAAAACAUUUCAUUUUACUUAUUUUAUUCUUGCUAUGUUGCCAAAAGGCUUUUUUUUUUUGUGAAAAAAACAACUAAUUGCCUAAUCUCUCGUUAAUGUACGUUGUGUUAUUUAACAGUUACUAUUAUCGUUAUUAUUACUAGUAUUUAUAAAAUGCCAUAAUUUUCUGCAAAUCUGUACAACUAGGGAAAGCAAACAUUAUAGUAUAACAGCAACAGUAUAUACAGACAAGUCAAGUACAAAGGGAACAGAGGACGCUUUCAGUAAGCUAUUGUAGUUCUUUUAUAAAACGUGUUCAGUUAGAUAACCUGUGAGUUUACAAUGUAUUCUAAAGGAGCAGGGACCAGUGGGAGGUAACCAGGGGUAGCAGGUUACAUUGAAUAUGAUAGCCUGGAGCUUUACAAAGCAUUUGCAGCAAGUGCUAAGAAGUGAAGUAAUUGGGGAAGAUGUCAAGCACCUGGAGAGGAACACUUUAAGCACCAUAACCACUACAGCUUGCUAAUGGUUUGAUGUCUUACAUUGGGUCCACCAGGCAUCGUUUACUUCUUCCAUAGGCUACUUUGCAUAUAUUUACUUCUCACUACUAUAAAGCAUCGUUAAAACAUUCUGAACACAUAAUUUACAGCCUUGAUUUAUUUUUUAUAGGCUUCAUUGAUUCUGAGUAACCAUGAAGGUCCAAAUCAUUCUUCUGCAUUUAGCUGCUUAUGUUGCUGUGUCAGUAUGCAACCGUGUCUAUGUGCAUCCUUUCAACCUUUUCAACUUCAACAAAACAGAGUGUGAAAAAGCUGAAAAGCUAAAUCACACAAUUGAAAAGCUUUUCAUACCCAUCUCAAUUGAUUCCAAGAUAAAGUCUGAAGAUGAACUGGUGAAAGAGAAAACAUCCUUCGACGUAAAACAACUUGGAAUUACAGGAAACUACAUGUUAAAUAGUUUGACAUAUUUAAUGAAUGAUUUUGGUUUCCGGGCCCUAAAUGCAUUGAUGAAAAUGAGCAAAGAUGACACUUUUCUCCUGUCCUAUACCAACUUAUAUGCAACUAUGAUAUCUUUCUAUCUUGGUGCCUCUGGAGAUACUUCGGAUGAUCUACAGACAAUUUUGGGCUUUCUGCACUCAUCAGGUCGUGCAGACUGUGCAUCUAAGGUGAAUGGCCUUAAAGUUCUUUCAACCCUCAGAAACAUUGACAACCUACUCUUUUCCAAAGGUGCCAACAUUGAUGCCUUGACUAUAGCGUGCAUCUUUGUUGCCCCAGACGUCCCAUUAUCAGAGAUGUUUGUACAGAACUUGCUUCCAUCAGCUGAUGAACUUUAUGUGAGGUCAGUUGAUUUCACAAAUUCAAUUAAAACUGCAGAAUUGAUCAAUGAUUUUUUGGAGUCUCGAACAUCAAAAAAAAAUCUAAAUGUAUUAAAGUCUACUGAUGAAUCGGCCAAUCUUUUAUACACAAGCUACAUCCAUUUCACAGGUAAGAACAAUUUAGAGCUAUUAGUUAAAAUUCACUAUUUAUUACUGAUGUUGUUGAAAUAUGCAGACUGGUAACAAUAUGUAUAGACUCACUUUGCAUAUUUCACAACACAGUUUAUUUUAAUAUUCAUACUGUAUUUGCCAUUUUAUUAAGAUAUAUGUUCUUUUGCAUUAGUAUAACCUUUGUCUUGCAGUGCAAUUUACAGUACAAUAAACUAUUUUUCUAACUUGUUACCACUAGUUUAAAGCUAUCAAACUUCACAGGAAAGUAACCCUAAUAACAAAUUUUCAUCAAAGUAAUACACUCAUUUCAAAGUUAAGAAACCAUUACAUAUUAAAAUAUGAUCUUAAUUGUUGAAAUGUUGAGGUACCCUCUGUUUUACCAUAUACCCCAAGGGCAUGUUAUAUAAUUAUUAUAUAACAUUAUAAUUAAUUGAAACUGAAACUGGGAUAUAACACUUUUAAAGUAAGUGAUAGGAAGAUAUGAAUAUGUUGUGGACCUUAUGAAUACAGCAGGUGAAAUAGGGGGUGAGGGAGGUAUUACACAGUACAAUCUUAUACAUAUAUUAGCAUAUUAUAAAGAGCAAUAAAUAAACCAUUCGAGCAACUGGUCUUCUCAAUUAUAUUCCUCACGGGGAGGGGAGAGGGUUUCUUCAUUCAGGAGCCAUGAUACAUAAGGCACAAAGUGGCAAUCUUAUUAAUGUUCCAAUUAUAAUAGGGUCAUUGUAUUGCUUAGGAAGUAUGCCAAGAGUCUUCAGAAAGGAUGUGAGAGGUAAAUUCGUGUAGGACUCCACCCUACCCACUAGAACAGGGGUAGGCAACUCAAGGUGUCUUUGCACGGCACUCAAGGCUGCUAGAGCCAAACAGGCUGUGGCCUAUCAGAAGUCCCAGUGAAGCUUCAGAUAUCUGCUAAUACAAAAAGGUGGUGAAGGACCAUCCUCAAUUUAUGCAUUGCAGCACAUAGAGGAAGUGAUCUCAGAUCCCUUCCUCCCAGCACUUGUAAAUGGGAAUCCACACUGUAGUAGAGCAGCCUGCAGCUGCUGCUACUGCUGCUGUCCUUUACCGGUACCUGGCCAGCCUGGUCCCCACUGGAACCCAGGGAAGCCACCCACACUGCUAGAUAUACCCAGUAAUGCAGUAUAACCCUCCCCUCAUACAAAUAAUACGAACAGUCCACACACAAACAUACACACAAUCCACACAAACAUAACCCGCUUACAAUCCACAUACAUGCACACAACCCCCGCAGCCUCUCACAUGCAAUACCACAAACAGCCCACACACACUACCAAACACACAAUGUGACAUAUCCAUCCACACACAAUUCCACAAGCAGCCCUCAUACACAGCCCAUAUUUAUAUGUAUCAUAUACAAUACCAUAAACUACUAAUGAACAUAUUCAAUCUAAUAGCUCAUAUACAAACAAAUACAAUGAUACAAAGCAAUUGCAGUAUAAAUAACACAAGCAGAAUACGGCAACAUACACACCUCAAUUUUAAAAAAUAGGACCGGCACGCUACGGGACAUCACAAUCCUAUAUCGGCACAGUGCUGCUAAAAGGUUGCCUACCCGUGCGCUAGAAGAUAACUUUGGGUUAGGGUAUUUCCAAGUUCUGAUGCUGAUGAAUGAUGGGUUGAAAUGAGUUUGGCCACAGCACAGUAUUGGGAGAGAGAUCUUGGAGGAAGGUCAACAGAAAAGUUUCAUACCCUUAAAAGCAGCCAUCAGGGCAGUUUUGACUUCUAUAUGUUAAAAUACUGAAUUACAUCACAAGGUGCUUGAAGUGAGUCAUUCUACAAGACUUCAUCUAGUAAUGUUUCACCAUCCCCGAGCACCUUUGGAGGUACUGGGUUGCUUUUGUAUGCCUUGGUUGGUGUUUAGUUUGAUGGGCAGGGAGGGCAGUGAUUGGAGAGGUUCUUGAGAAGGUAGUAUUGUAGACGGCAUUUGUCACAGCAGUCCAUGUGGUAGUUAGUGUAGUAUCAGUGAGAUGAGAGGUUGAAUGUCAUUGGAAACAUAGAGUAGAGUGUAGGUGUGGCACAUAAGGGUGGUUUGGUUGGGGACCCAGACAAGAUUGCAGCUUUGGUGAUUAGGGAAAGGGAGAGGUAUGUUAGUGAGGUUAGUAAUAGAAGAAAGGUUGUAGAAGAUAACUGUUGCUAGCUUGAUGGGUAGGGGAAUUGGACCUCUACAACAUGAUUGUGCAUAACAUAUGACUUUAUUGAAACAGAGAGAAAAAUUGGGUUAUGUGUGGAGCAAAUUAUGAAUCUGCCAAUUUUGCUUGCCUGUGCCACGGCAAUGUCUCUGUCUCACAAGACCAAUAAACACUUGAGAAAGAUAUGUCAGCAUGUAUAGUAUGCUUAAAACUUAUAGUUAUUAGGAGUCUUUCCUGGGCAGUCUUAAGCCAUGUAGAUUGUAACUGAUAUUGAGACUUUGCUGGAUCAGAAAACUAACGUGUACUUAUUUUUUGUUAUCUAGGUAAGAUAAACAAUUCAUUUUUGUUUCCCGAACCUCAAGACUUUUGGAUUGAGCCAAACAGGAAAAUUCUGGUUCCAAUGUUGUCAGUAUCUGGAAUGUUUCAAUAUAAGACUGAUGAUACCAUGAAUCAAACAGUAUUAAAGCUUCCUAUUAGUGAAAAUGACUUCUUAUUGUUGGUUCAGCCAACUAACGGGAACACACUUAAGAAUAUAGAGUCUUCAAUCUCUUGGGAUACAUUUCAAAAAUGGUUGAAUAAUUUAUCAAAUAGGUAUGUCUAUAUUCCACAAUUCAUUCUCUUAAUUAAAUAAUAAAUAAUUAUACAUAUUAAAUAAUAUCUUGCUUAUAUUUUUAAGGAAGAUCGACUUAUCUCUGCCAAAGCUGGAAAUAGAAAGUUCUUAUGACAUUCAAGAGAUUCUUGCCAAACUAGGAGUUCCAUCUCUACUUGGAAAUACAGCGAAUUUUAGGAAAAUAAGCAAUGUUGACAUACAAGUGGGGCAGGUAACGUUUAUUUAAAGCACUACUUCAAGCCUUUAAUGUAAAUAUUAUAGAACAAUAAAGUAACGAAUCAGUAAUCCGCCAGUUCAUAGGAAUAUUUUAUGGUUGUGGCAUGGCAGUUAGUAAGUGCAGAAAGUAGUUUGCAAGCACAGAAGGGGUAAGAAUACAAUCCAUAAUGCAGAGGGUUAAAAGGUUAAAUGGUUACUCUAUGCACCCGAACCACUUACAGUGAUUAAUGAUGGAUGCACAUCACCAGAGGCUCAAGGAGCCUUGGCACCCAGUGGGCACCCAGGUAAGAAGGCAAACCAAAUAUUUUGCCCCAUUACUGGGAAACAUGGAUACUCCUCAUAUCAUGGAGUAACACUUUAAAAGUACUCUUGGGGAAGAUAAGUAAUAAGGAGUGGCCAACCAUUUAAUUAAGAUUACAUUGUCACACCUAAGAUUAAAUUGUCAUGCAAAACUCAUUGCAUAAUUUAAAUGGUGAUGGCACAUAGAGGACCCUGAACCAACAGCUCCUGCUAGCUAUCAAUCAGGCAGCUGGAAUGUUCAGUUGCAACUGCCUAUUAUUAACUUGCUGCAUGCAAAACUUGGAUUGAGUGUUCUCUCCUUCCACGAGGGAGCUGAGUUACUAAGCAUGUGCACACUGCAUGCAAACUUGGACUGAGUUUUCUCUCUUCCUAAGAGAGAAAGCCAAGUUUUAUAAACAGUGAGCCUUGGGGGGCAAGUGGAGGUCCAUCCCAUGUGAUCGGCAGCAGGUGUUCACAGAAAACCCUUCUUGAACCAGAGCACCUGUCAACUGGCUCUCCAGAUUGCUCAGCUCUCUUUCUUACCUCGGUAUACUCUUGCACCCCGUUUUUUGCUCUCUUUCUAACCUGUAUUGUUGCUGGAGCCAUUGUAUGAUGAUGUCACCCUAUCACUGUCAGAGAGUUGGGCAAUAAGUGCAGAGAAGGAUCUCAGCAGCAAAUUACUGGAUCCCAGGGAUGAGGUUCCUCUACACCUUCUUUACAAGGAAAGAAAAGGGAGCUGGAACUCACUGUAAAAAAAAAUCAAAUAAAAAGAAAAAUUAAGUGUGUAUGAAUGUGCAUGUGUGUGAAUAUGAAUGUCUAUGUAUAUAAAUGUGUCAAGUGUAUGAAUGUGAAUGCAAUAUCCAAAGUGAGACACAAAAAAAGAAACCCCACUUUCCGGUCCCUGGUGCCAUGUAACCAAUUUACAUCUACUUACACUCAACCUAUGUCAUAAGUGGAGUUGCUCUUGGGUGAUAUAAACUACUUAUACAAUUACCUUACUAAUGCCUGACUGGACCCACAUGAAGUAACUGAGGUAUCUAUGUGAGAUCCGUUUAUUGUAUAUUUCUAGUAUUACUGCACAGAUCAUAACAGGACAGCAGCUGAGCCAGUGGACAGGUGAACUAAUAGAAAGGGGCAGGUUUGAAUUUACCUGAAGAAUGCCAAAAAUAAGGUCACCGUCACAUUAGUGUUCUGUGGUUUUACCCAACCAUAGCGGGAAGGGAAUAAUAAUCAGCUCUUUACAAUAAGUCCAGAAAGCUAAUUUUUGCCAGUUCAUCCAAAUCAAAUUCCUUUUAAUCCGCACUGUAACAAAUCUAUUUCCCUGGAAAUUAUAUGUGGAGUAAGGAAAAACCCAUAUAAAUCCCAGAUGAAUCCAUUUGUUCAGGUGUGGAUUAAAAGGACUUUGAUUUAGAUUAACAGUGCAUUAACAUGUACUAGAUGCAUAGCGUCAAUUCAUUGAUGAAUCUCUUAAGUUAUUAAAAAUUACACUCUGUGCAAGCAGAAGACUGGAGGAUUAUAAAAUAUUUGUGCACAAAUCCAUUUAAACUGGGUUGAAUUAAUCAAAUUAUUUUUAAUCCGCACCCAAACAAGUCAAUCUGUCCAGUCUUAUCGAUGGAAUAUAACUCCACAGACAAGUCUGGUGUGACCGCUCAGGGAAUUAGGCAGCUGUCUAGGGCACACCAACCGAGGUGGUGUUAGGGGAGCACAGUCUCCGGGUGACCAGCAGAAGGGUGGAGCACAGCACUCCCCCUCCUGCAGGUCACAGCAUGUAUUGUGGCCGAGCGGACCAAGGUAGUGUCAGAUUGGGUAGACGAAACAGAAGAUCCAACAUCGUGGUCCGCUCGGCCACACUACAUGGAGAGAGGUCAGCAGGCACAGGAGGGGAGGGGGGAAGAACAAAGAGGUGCACAGAGGGCUGAGGGGGGACAAUUAGGUGCACAGAAAGGAUUAGAGGCAGAAAUAAACACACAGGGCAAAGAGGCACACAGAAGGGCUGGGGCAGCACAAAGAGGCACACAGAGAGGCUGUAGAAGACAAAGAGAUACACAGAGAGGCUUGGGGACAAAGAAACAAACAGAGGGGUGGGGGUGACAAAGAGGAACACAGAAGGGCUGGAGGACAGAGAGAAACAGAGGGGCUGGCUGGCCAAAGAGACACAAAGAGUGACUUGGGGGACAAAGUGGCACAAAGAAGGGCUGGAAGGACAGAGAGACACACACAGAGAGGCUGUGAGUAUAAGGAGAAACACAGAGGGUUGGAAGGGGGACAAAAAGCCACACAAAGGGGCUGGGGUAAGAAAGAACCACACAAAAGGGCUGGGGAGAGAGACAGAGAAAAGGGCUGGUGGAGAAAAAGACACAUAGAGGGGGUAUGGGGGAGAAAGAAACCCACAAAUGUGCUGGGGGGGAAGAGACACACAGAGGAGCUGGGAAAUGGAAAAAAGAGACACACAAAGGGGUUGGGGCAGAAAGAGACACACAAAGGGGCUGCAGGAAGAAAGAGAUACACAAAGGUGGCAAUUAGUUUUUUUGGAUGGGUGGGUGCAAGUAGCUGGUCUGACCUAGGGUGCAAAAUUGUUGUCCACGGGUAAAUCCUGGAAAGAUAGGUUUGUUCAAUCCAAAUAUAAUGGAUUUGUGCACACGUCUAUUUUAUACCUCAACAUUGGUGCGAUAAAUAUUUUCUGUCAUAUAUGUUCAGUAUGAUGGAUAUAUUUUUACACCCAUUAAAUGAAGAGAGAAAAUGUGCUUUCAUGAAACAUUCCUCAGUAAUUCUAACAAUAAAUGUUAUUGUAUAUCAUUUCAGAUUAUAAAUAAAGUUAAUUUUGAAUUGGAAAGCAUUGCCUUGGACACAAGUGAAGUAAAGAGUCAUUUGUCGGACAAAGAUGACAUUGAACCUCUGGAAGUGAAAUAUAAUGAGCCUUUUCUCCUAGCUGUAUUUGAAGGCACCACAAAAGCAUUUAUUUUUAUUGGCAGAAUAACAAAUCCUGUAAAUGCCCUUUAAAUUUUAAGAGUGCUGGUAAAUCAAGGCGCAUCAAUGGCAGUACUUGCUUUGCAGAUACCUUACAGCUAAUCUAGAUAUAAGACAUUUCUGAGUUUGAGUCCCUAUGCAGCCAUCUCAGUUCUAGCCAUGAAUGUCAUCUUGGCAUAAGUGCUACUGGUUGACAUCACCUAUUUUAAUGUCCUGUCCUCCUGAUCCUUUCAUACUGUCUUAAUACCUCCACAUGUUGCCAGGUAUGCUCCUGUAGAAAAUUGAAAUCUUAAAGUAAUAAUUCUAUUUGUUACUUAUUCGUAUGUAUGUAUGUUAGUAUUUUUUUUUUCUUAAAAUAGGCUUGCUGGUAUCAUAUACAGUACAUACAUAUGUUGUUCUGUGUCACAUAAAAAAUAGUGUAAUCAGACUUCCCUGGCUUUUCUUAUAAAAACAGAUUUAUUCUUAUUGCUUCACAAAUACAAAGUCAGUUCUUACAACAUAAUUCAUGUUAAAGCUGAAGGUAUAUGCCAGACAUUCUGAGUGCUGAGACACUCUGCCCUUGAUGUUCUGUGUCGCAGUGUCUAUGUCUCAUUGUUUCUGUCUUACACAUAUAAUAUAAUAUAUACAUUAUAUAUAUACACCACCAAUGUGGGUGUGCAAGCAUUACAAAGUCAUUGAUAUUGAUACAAUAUGAUUGUUGGUAAUUCUAAUUAGGUCACCCCAUUUUCCGUGGACACUCAGAAAUAGAUAAGAGCUUGUAACAUGUAUUAUUGUCUGUUCAUGUCACUCAAGAUCAACCACGCUGCAGUGGGAAAUGCAUGAAAAAUUUCCAAAAAAUAGAAUAUUUUACAGUUCCAGUAUCAUAUUCCUUCAAAACGUCCCUGUACAGGCCUCAAAACUGUCCUGAAUUCAGCAAGACAGUACUAAUUCAGACUUCUGUCCCACCAUUCUCUGUUUGUUUCCUCUUGUAUCUCUUUUGGAGACACCAUGAAAAUGUCCCGAGAAAGUGUAGUGCAAGUGCAUCAUUAAACAUACAUGUGCUGUGCUAAGGGCACUAGAACCAUUCAUUGUAACAGCAUUCUAUGCACGGUUCACCCAUAAUGGGGCCAGCCAGUGUGAUUGGCAGUGUGCAUUCACUCCCGGUUGACAUGCCCCUUUUUGGGUCAGGUUCCAGCAUUUGAGCAGUGCCAGUAGUACAGGUUGUGUCAAUGGUUUUCCCCAUUUAGGUCAGGCCAUCAGCAUCCGGCUUUAGAUACUGUCCUAUGCUGGGAGGCAUGCUAAGUACAUAACUCACUUUUAAUGCUGUUAAACAACACUAAACAUAACCCUAUUUUACUACUAAAUAGAUGUAAAGAAGAAAACAAAACCAUCUUAAAUAGGAAGCCAAGGUUUAAAAUAAAUAUUUAUUAUCGCAGUACUAGUUCUACUUCUACUCAUUCAAUGCUGUAGAUACGUGGCCAUAUUUAAACAUAUCAUUUUUAUCAUUAGAUAAAUUAUGCUCAUGACUUUUUAUUAAACAAUAUUUUCAAAACUAUUUUGUGCCAAAUUAUUAAAACACAAAAUAUAUCUGUUUCAGGGAAAAUGCCGGAAAUAUAUGUAAAAUGAACAUCUGUGUGUAAAAGUUUCCCUGAUAAAAUAUAAUACAACUAAUUGUGUAUAUGUAACUGUACAAUAAAAAUAUCUCAGUUUCUAUAUAUAUAAAAUUCUGUAUGUCAA